AUGGGAGAAGCAACUGUGGCCGUAGCAAAAACGCCAUUAGGCGAUCUGGAAUACAAAGCAGCAGCAAAAACUAGCCCAAGCACACCUUCCAUUUCGGCGUCCUCACUAACAUUCUCAAAUCCUAAUUUUACCCUUGAAGACGAAGAGAACGAGGACCAGCUCUGGCCGCAGAAAACAACAGCUGAGCAAGCAGCAAAAUUCCACUGA